UUUUUCCUGGAUCGGAUCGUUAGGGGCGGGGACCUGGCCCAGCUAUCAGUUGGCCGCUUGUUGCGGAGGCUCGCGGUUCGACUCCCGCAGGCCGCCCUGAUUAUUUCUGCUGUGUAUUAACCAUAACAUCACCAUGCGUCGCCUACUUCACUCAGAGUGGAUGUUAAAUAUCCUGUGAUGUCUUUCAAAGAAGACUAAACUAUUGUGUGCCAGCGGCAAGGGGGAGUCUCUCUCCCCGCUCUUCUUCUUCCCUAGCGACGCCAUUUUGGAGGUCUUUGUGUCGCGGGGCCGUGGCCACGCUUCACGCCUCGUCACUCCUCGUCCUUCUCUCAACACUCUUGAUGCUCAUCGGCCCCGUCUCCGCGCGGCGCACAACCCCCCCCUGGGCCGCCGCACUGUGAGUAGCCGCACGGCGCCGCCGCAAGGCGCACGGCGUCUUCUUCUCCUCGGCCGCCGCGGGGCGAGGAGGCGCCGCGGGACGAGGAGCUGGAGCGAGGAGUGGAGCCGGAAUGGAGGAGUGAGUCGAGGAGCAUGGUCCCCGCCAGUAGUCGGUCGGCGUAGCGUGGAGGCCGCAGCACCGCUUUCCGGCAGCUUCUCGAGAUGACGGAUUCGUGCUGCGGAACGGCACUCUCCUCCACUCCCGGGCAGAUGCAAUCUUCAGCCCCUCGCGUGUUUCGAGCAAGGAAGAGCACUCAGAGCAGUAACCGCAUUCAACUUUCGUCUCUGCACCGCCUGCUGGACAAGCAUGGCAAUGAAAUCCAUUUGGGAACGGAGAACAAAAAGUUGAAAACCAAAGUCGAGUGGACCCGAUUGGAGGAAACCCAGUCAUUUUUGAUUACCCGCCACGGAAGUCAUUCAGAAGGAAAAUCUUUGACUGGUUUUACCCCAGAAGAAAAACCUGCACCCGUAUCUUCCUUGGACCUCGGCCAUCAAAUUAAAUACCAACGUCAACAAGGUGACUUGGGCUUGAGAGCUAAAACAGAGCAAUGUGAUAUGAAUGGGGGAGAGGCCAAUGUAAUAGGCAUUGCUCAGCCUCAAGUUGGUAACAGCAAGAAUGGUUGCACCCUUAGCUUUGGUGAUAGCAAUGUUGAAGUGAUGUCUGAUCAUGACACAGACUGCCUGAAUAUUACCAGAGGAGAUGCACUCAAGAUUGAGCAGGCACUUGGUGCUCAUGACUGCCACGUUAAAGUAAAUCAAUGUGUUGGUUCCACCAGUAGUGACUCCACUGUUUCAUCUCCCAUCAAUAAACAAGAGACAGGAUUGGGAGGCCAAAAUGAGAAUUUGCCUUUUGAAAAAGAAUCACCACUUGCACAACUUCAUUUAGACAAUUUUAAGGAGAAUUGUGGUUUUGGUUUGGAUGAUAAUGAAUUGUCUAUGUCCAGAACCAAUCAGGACCAUCCCUUCAAAGUGAACCAUGACUCUACUACUUCUGUUUCACCUGAACGCAAAAGCACUGGCGUUCCUUGCGAUGUUACCUAUUUGCAUAUGUCAGACACAAACUUGCACCAAGUACACACAAACAUACAAGCAAUGCUAGAGAAAGAUACUGGUGUGAAUGCGCAACCGAAUUUGAGCCAAGCAGAGAGUAUGGAUAGCUGUGAGGAGUCAAAUGUGAAGUCAACUGUGAGAAUGGAAAACAAUAACAUUGCUGCUAAGCUGGAGGACAAGGCAAAUUCGGCAACAGAGUUGGUGUCAUCUCUCAGGUCCGAUAUCCAAGAAGAUAAAUUAUAUCCAAGAGAAGGAGCAGAUGACGGUUGUGGAGGAGGUGCAGGGUCGGCGUGCAAUGGCUUGGUCCAAAAUAUUGCAUUGGGGACUCUAGAACGUGGCUUUGAACAAAGUUAUGCUGCAGAGCCAGUGGCCAGUGUGAUACAAGACUGUGCACAGGCAUGUGGUGCAAAUAAACAAUGCACUGCGAUGUUGACAGAAAAUAAUGCACAGGGUGACGGCACAGACUGCACAAGGCCAUCUGCGCAAGCCGUGGCACACAGCGCACAGAACGAUCCGCCUCCAGAGAUUAAAUGGUUAGGCAGUACUACAGAGGCAGUUUCAACAAAGGAUAACGUGGUGGCAGUGAGCAAGGCCCACCAGAAUUGUUCUGCAGGACUUGUGUCAUCGUGGAAUACUAAUGCAGCUUCGGCGGAUUACAAAUCGGAAGGCGUUGCAGCAAGAGAUUGUGCACCCGAUGCAACAUCUGCUUCGGUUCCUUUCAACACCAGCACCACAGGUGGUCAUCCGUCGAUAAAGAGACCCGCUGAGGAGCAGCUUGUACAAAAACAAGGGAAAAUUGUCAAGCGUGACAAUGGUCGCCCAGAGACAAAUGGGUCGUGCGUUCUGCUGCGCACAAGGAAGGCUGUACCCAAAUUAGAUGUAGAAAAGGAGGUGGAGAGAGUGCUGCUCACGAGGCUUGGUGGUGGUCGAGACUUCGCUGUGAUCGGCGAGAGAAUGAAGGCGCUGAGCCGGCGUUUGGAGGUUGUGGAAAAAGGAAAUAGACGGCAUGAGAGUCUGACUGCAAAUUUACAGGCAAGUUUGCAGUGUCUGCAAUGGAAAUUGAAUGCAGCACUAGAUGCCCUCAACACAGGCACAAGACAUACAGGAAAUACACAGGUUUCGGAGCGACUACGUCUACCCCAGCCUGGCCCAUCCAACCUUGUUGCUGCUGCUGAAAGGAGUGGAAGUCCAAAUGUCGCCGUUGGUCAUGGUUCUGCUGGCGUCAUUCGCGCUGCAGCAGUCACAGGUACAACAGCUUUGGCGGGCCGGCCCAACCCCACCACAGCUGUCCCGCAGCUCCCCGGAAGCCAUUCAGACCUCUCACAGAGGCUUGCAGUUGCGCCAAGCUCAAGCAGACCUCAUGCACUAUCGCCCACGCAGCAGGACAAAAACGUGCAAUCAAGCCAACCUGCAACAUUGGGCGACGCCCGUCCUGACCUCACAGCAACCAACAGCAGCGCAGACUGUGGCUCACCGUGGCGUACGGCAGUGGGCGUAGACCCUACCGCACCAGCCGCGGCUCAAUCCACACAGAUCCAAGAGCCAACCGGUGCAGACGUAAAGUCUAGCCAGACAUCUGGACGUGUUGUCCCGGGGCACGUGGGAUCCCCAGGCAAGCUGGCAAUUGGCAACGACUCCAAAGCAACCGAGGGGGCUGCGUUAGCAAUACCACCGCUGCGGCUGUUAAGAGCUCCCACGGCAGAGAAACAGCCCGGCCCACGUGAUAUUGCCAUUGCCACCCACGUGAAGGACUGCCCGGUGUCGUCCUCGCAGAGGACCGACGCUUCAGUUGUUGCACAAAUCAGGGGGUCCAGCAGUGUGGCAGAAACGCAGGUGCCACAUGAUGACCCGCAGGACAAUUUGCAGGAACUCAAACAGGUCGUCUCAAUAGUCUCAUCGUCAGCGGAUGCAGUCAUUGACCUCACGGAAGAGGAUGAGUCACAAGGUCAAGGAGCCACCCAGCGCACCACUUCCCCAGCGCCGUGUCUCGCCCAGCUGCCGCCGCUCCCAGAAGCACCCGCUCCAUCCACCCUUUGCCCUUUGCCCCCUGAGGCUGCGAAGUCACUGCCCCCACAGAAGGCUACACUCACGGUGACGCGCUCCAGCUCCCAGAUCGUGCUGUGCUGGAAUGUACGGAACCCGGACGACCGUUGUGCGGCGGCGGAGGCCUUCUACCUGUACGCAUGCCAUCAGGAGUUGGCAGGGCGCCCACCUAUGCACUGGCGGCGUGUGGGAGAGGUCAAGGCAUUGCGCUUGCCCAUGGCUUGCACUCUCUCCCAGUUUGGGUUUGGCAAGCGUUACUACUUUGCGGUGCGAGGCCGAGACUCCUACGGACGCUACGGACCGUUCUGUGAGCCGCAGUGCACAGAACUCAACAUGUAGGUGCUCCCAAUGACAUUGUUUUCACAAGAAACUAGAGCUCUCUUGUCCAUGCAUCUCUUAACAGUCAAUAAGCAGACAAUUCUUCCCAUAUGUAUCUCUCAACAUGCAAAUAAAAGUGUUUUUACUGAUCCCAUCAGCCACAAGGCCUUCUGGGAAUAAAUUAUUUCAGGUGCAUUGGUUAAGGUCAACAAAACUCUAUCAGUUAUGAUAUUCAUUAUUUCAUCAGCAGUGUCAAUCAGAUGUAUAGCAACUGCCUGAUGAAACUGGUUGUAACUACCAGAAACAUGUCAUACUGAAUUGUUAAAUGUGUGUGGAUUGCUGUGUGCUGAAGCUGUAAUAAAUUGGCACAUUUGUGGGAUUUUGAUACUUUUUACUUCCGCAAUCUGACACAAAAAUAAAUCACGAAUCGGCACCCCCAAUUGUGAAAACUUGGCAGAACCCUCCUGAAAAUGGUCGUAAGUUUUGGGUGAGUGCUCAGUAAAUGAGCAUAAAUAUAAAGAAUUAGCUUUGUGUUGGUGGCAAUGUAGCUUUAUGAACUGAAGGUUCUUGUCUAGCAACAAAACAUGUCCCAGGUGGAGGGCGUGGUGGCUACAGUGUUAAGUGCAUUCCACUCGCGGCUGUGCUGCUGGUAUUACAGAGUAAUCUUCACGAGGGCCCGACCGAUUGUAAUGUCUACAAUAGUAGGAACUUUUUGUGGAUUUGGUUAAUAUUUUAUUUCAAUGUGUAGCUUAAAAUGUUUUUAUUCCCUUGU